GACAGCCUCCGUCAUCUGCGCACGCGCAUCGGCCUUGUGCGCCCGCGUCGACUUACCGGUGAGGUGCCAGUAGAAAAAGCGCCUAACUCGACAGCAAUAAAACGCACGAUCGAAUAGUGAAUAUUUAUCUUUAAUUAUUUACCAACUUAAAAAAAAAAAAAACAGUGCCGCCAAUAUCAUACUGUGAAAUGUUUGUUUUGUGCUUGGAGAGAUUUCAAUGAGUGUGCAUAAUUUCUUACUUUCAUAAGUGUGAGGUUAAACUAUUAUAUUUACGGAAUUAUACACACUCUAUGAAAUCCAGUGUCCACCAUAAAAGCUAGUGAAAUAUUGUAAUACGACGCAAUCAUGAUUAUUACAAACCAGUGGACACUGUAAAUGUGCAAGUGACAGGAACAAUUGCCUUUGUCGGUUUAAUAAAGAAGAAAAGAAAUGCCAGAUACACUCUCCCUCUCUGCUGGAGUCAGCUUUGGCCUGCUGGCUGGAAUCGUAUCAGGGGUUUGCUACCUCGUCGCCAAUGGCUUCAUGUGGCCUCGAUCAGAGCCCGAGGAGCGGAGGCGAUGCGUGGCGGGCGCGGACGACGGCGUGUGUCGUAGGUGCGGCGGUGACAAGCGCGGCAGUAUCGUACCCUGCAUCUGUCAACCACACCAGCCGCAGAAAUUCGAGUCGGGCGCGUGGUUCCUCCGGCAGAUUCAGCGAGCAGCCAGCCUCAUGCCGUGGACCCUCAGCACGGACAAGCUGGAGCAGAUCGAUGAAGAAUAUGAAGAGCGAGAUAGUCCGGGUUCGGGAGAAGGCCAGGAGUUGCGGAGCGUAAGGGAAUUCCUGGAGACGCUAUCAGCGAAGCUGGCCGGCGGACCGUUAGAGGGCACCAGCGUCGCCCCGCUGUACGAUCAUCCAGCUUAUCUGAGUAUGUUGGAGCGAUACCACGCGCCAUUGAGGAAUACGCUCGCAUCGCUUGCCACCGCGCUGAGAGACGCGCUCACACAUUUGCCGCAAUCUCACAAUGACCCAUCAAGCGCUUCCAACACCCAUCCGAGCGACGCGAGCGGCGCUCAUGCCCAACUCAAGCGGCUGGUGGCCAGAGUUAUAGAAGAAGCUGCAGCGCUGCCAGCGCUCGCUCGAUACGCAGCUGAACCGCUGCGUUCACCGUCUAUAGAGUCGUCGACGUAUGAAGAUCUAUUAGCUACGGCUAUAUUAAAUAAGGUGAUCGUGAGAUACAAUAAGAUCGAUUUCGAUCGAAAGAUACCGGAAAAUGGGUCUGGUGGACGCAGCAGCGGCAUCCAUUCUGCAAGCGCGAGCCCCACACCUUCAGAACGUUCCUCGCCUCGCUCGCUUCAUUCCAGACACCGAGAUGUCAGCCCACCUCUCAACGAAGACAUAUCAGAAUGGGAGGAAGGCGAAGGCACAGAUGAUACGCAUGAACUACCGAAACGCAUACCUUUUCCAGAAUUUGGUGGGGACAUAGUACAUAGUACCGAUAACGAAGACCGCGACUUCGAUGAAGUAUCCGGCAGCGACAUACAAGCAGUGGACGGCAGUUGGGAAGAAAACUGGCUCUUCCAAAAGAAGAAAAUAAAAAACAUCCAAUCAGUUCCUGUACCAAUGUUGGUGCCGAAUAGCAACACAGAGUAUCGAGCUCUCAUAGGUGAUAGAGAUGCUGACGACACUACUGAUUUAUCAGACAAUGCCAGUGAUGAUGGUGAAGAGGACGCUCAGUACAAAAGCGACUUUAAAAGAGUUCUGGAUUCAAAACACGUGAUUGGCGGAAAACCUAAAAUAGAUGAAGUAUUAGAUUAUGAACCAGACAGUUUGACUGUGGAAGCUGAAUCUGGGGACUUCGAAAAUUUUAAUGAAUCUAAUAACCAUGUUACUGAGAUAGUAGAUGCUGUAAAUGACAGCAUACAUGACAAUGACUUCGUAGCGCUGGACAGUUCAAACAAUGUUCAUAAUGAAAAUGGAAAUGAUUCAAUUUUAGAAAUUGAUAUAAACAGCGGUCCUUUGCCUAAAGCAGAGUUCAAUUUGAAGGAAGAAAUACACAGAACUAUACUUAAUGGGAACGUAGAAGAUUAUAACGACAUGAAAGAUGCAAAACUCGUUAAUGAAGAAACAGUUAAAAAAGAUAAUUUGGAUAGUUUCUCCAGUCAUAAAGGAUCAACAACAUUACAAAGUCAGCAUGAGCGAGAGGGAGAAUAUGAAGAAACAGUUACUGUUCCAGUACAAAGGUAUGCGGACAGUUUACGAAGAAAACAUUUUGACGAGUAUCCACAGGAAAUACCAACACGUGAUACAGACAACGAAGACUUAAUACCAGGCUCGAUUGCACACAGAGAACGCCAAAAAUGGCUGAACUACGUUGAAAUGCCAAACAACCCUUACUCUCCGGAAGCAAUACAAAAGAGAUUGACGGCUAAAAGUACUUCGUCUCUUUUUGAUACACUAACUGCUAAAACUAUGGACAUCGACGAUGUUGAUACAAACACUACAAAAAAGAUAUUAAAUGAAACAAAUGUAAAUAAAGAAGAAAUCCCAGUUAAGGAAAUCAAUGAAAACAAUCCUCCAUUGUUACAAGUUAAUACUGAUAUAAGUAUGAAUGGUACAAGAUCAAAAAGUCCUUCACCAAGGAUAUUACAAGAUGUUCUAGCGGAAGAUAUUUCUGAAUAUAAACGCUACGAUAGAGAUUAUUACAUAAAAAACGCAAAAAAUUCAUCUGGGUCUCGCAAGAAGAGUAGUUACAGUGACACGAGUUCCCUUUCAUCAAUGAACAAAUCGACAAGUUUAGAUAAUUUCGAUACAGAACUAUCGCCUGUAAGUGCUAGCAGCUCAUUGAGCGACCUCGAAGCGACCGCCCUUCAUCAGAAUAUCGUCCGCGCCGUUCUCAGCCCACGAAAUGCGAGCCCCAACUUCGCCAUCAACCCUAUUUUCGAAAACCCCGAUAGACAGAACGAUAACGCUGACGAAAAUCAUGUGACAGACAAGCGUAAAAUCAGUCGAAAUGCCAACGGAUUACUUAUAAAGCAAUUCAACACGAUUGCCGCAAACCAACAGUAUACGACGUUCGCUAAGAACCAGCCUAAAGAGUCCAUAACCACAAAUUCAAAUAAUAAUAAAACAGAUAUUAUAAUCGAAUACGAUGACGCUAAUGAAAAUACAUUAUUUUCCGCUAAACCAGCAUAUGUUGAUGAUGAUACAGACAAGAGAUUCGAAGAAAUUAUGCAGUCCGCAUACAAUACAACUCCUAUAGUAGACAUUAAAAAUGAUAAAACAGUUGACGAGCCUUUAAAUUCGCCGUCUAAUUUUAGCGUGGACAACUCAUAUAUAAGCACGAGUAGUUUGGAAGAUUCAAUCAAGAUCUACAAUGUACAAACAGGCGAGAUAGUGAAAUGUCAACCUGAAGAUAAGGUAUCUCCGAGAUAUGAGGAUGUGGCCGACAGAAAUGACAAUAUCGAUACAGAUAAGAAACUAGAGGAAACCAAUAUCAGACUCAGUGCGAGUAGCGAUGUAGACGAUAAAACUGCAGCUAAAGAGGAAAGUUUGAAAAGAGACUUGGAGAGGCAUCGUGAGGCGGAAGACAUUUUACCACAACUGCCCAAAGUGAAGGAAUUGGCUAAAAAGUUUGUUAGCAUGGAUAAUUUGCAUAAGCCAGUGAAGCCACCACAACCGAUCACGAAGCGGCGAAAAAGCAAAGAUAACAUCUUAAAUUCAGAUAAAUUAUCAAGUAAAAUGUACAUGCACAGCCUAACAGCCAGAAGUGUCUCCAAAGAGUUCAGAGAAGAGCUGAAACUCUCUCGGCCAAAUCCGCUUAAGGUACCCGGUGGCUCUAAAGAGAUUCCAGAAGGAGAGGAAAUCACGAAGGAAUCCAGCAGACCAGGGAGCCCUCAACCGGAACCUGGAACUAUAAAAUCCAAAUUAGCGUUCUUUGAAAGCCUCAAAAACAAAUUUAGUAAUAGCAAAUAAGCUUUUGAUGGUUUGGCUUUAUACUUUUUUAUUGGUGUUGUCCUUUUAGCGUCCCACUUAAAACGGUUGGUUAAUUUAAUAUUCUAUAUUUUUUUUUAAAUACUAACCCGACAGAGGUCAUCUGUCAAAUAUUUGACGUGACGUUAAAUACUUGAAUUGACAGCUAAGUAGGAAUAGUUUAAAAAAAAUAAAAAUGGAAUUUGUUUUUUUUUUUUGGACAAUUCUUACAAUUUUUCUUUUUGUUAAUUUAUUAUUAUUAUUUUAAUGUAAAAACAAAUAAUGAUCCUCUGUCAAAUAAAACUAAACAGGGGCGCUAGGGGCACAACUUUUGUCAAACAAUCCGAUUGGGGCGGGUAAAAUAUAUUGUUUUUAUUUUCUUUUUAAUUUAUUUAUAUUUCAAGAGAAUUCAUAUACUUUUUUUCUAUUUAUUUAUUAAAGAAUAAGCAUUACAAAUAUUUAUAUACAAGAAUGUGCUUAUUGCUAUUACUGAAUUAGGCCACAAGCGUAAUCUCUCGAAGUGUAUCAAUGCAACGAUAACAUCAGUAUGUUAUAAUAAGUCUAGUGACUUACAUUGUCAUCAAAAGAUACGUUGACAAAUCCAUUAUUUGGUUUAUGUGACUCAUAUAAUAAAAGCUAGAUUCGUUAUCAGCGUCGAAAAUACAUUUGGUUAAUUCCAACUGACUUCUUAUAAAUAUAUUUUGUCGCAUCAUGAUUUUCUGUACAUGCGUUCAAAACACAGUAUUUCAGCUACAACUUGUUUACAUUUUUGUAAAUAAUUCAUGUAGUUGAAACACUAUUAUGGACGACUAAAAUCUGUUAUACACACAUGCCCCCAUUAAUGUUUCAUCUAAUACCUAAAGCAGGGUUUCUCAAAGUGUGACCUGGGGGUCAUAAUAGGAGUGAUGGGGAUUUUUACUAACAAAAUUUAAUAAAUCUCAAACAACUGCAAUUUCACCCUCAUCUUAUAUUGCAGAGUUCGAGUAAAUGUGUUGAAUGAAUCAGAGUAGAAAUUUACUAAAAACAGGACCAUCUUUCCCUUAAACAGCCGUGUAUUAGUUUAUUUUUUAUUUUUUUUUAUCACUUUGAAAAUGGUUUAGGAAUAUUAAAGUUUAAGAAACCCGAAAAGAGAGAAGAGAAAAGUUGCAUAAUAUUUUUGUGGACGAUAUUAAUCGUAUAAAUAUUAAACGUAUUUAGGUUACGGUGUAAAUAAGUUAGUGCCAUUUUACUGAACUUCAUUUAAAUGUCAUCACUUCUUAAUUUAAGUUGUUAGCAAAUGCCAAAGUUGUAUAUAAAACAUUAUGUUACUGGUUAUUUUUCCUAUAGUUUGCGUGUUACAGCAUGAUGUGUCUUACGUCACUCAAUCCGUAGAAAAAAAAAAAACAUAACCUAUGGAUUAAACAUAAUAUUUGAUCAGAGUAUCAAUUCUUUAUAUAAAAUAUACUUAAACUCAAAAAAUAUCAUACAUGUUUAUAAUGUAAAGUGUCAACUAUCCCCGCAUUGUACUACAACACGCAGAAUAUAGUGGUCGUGUCCAAAUAUUUAGCCGUUUCCUCAUACCGUAGCUCUAUCAACAGAUGUGACUUCAUAAUAAAUAAAAAACAUUAAGUAAAUUCUUUAUGACGGAACAUCUUAAAAAUGCCACAAAAUAUCCCAAAAACAAAAUUAAACAAUAAAUAAUUUAACCAACGAUAUUUAAAUAUGUAAUUGUAGUAAAAUGAAUUAUAAACCGUCGUCAACAGAGAUAACUCUAUCCAUUAAUCCCUUAUUAAACUUUUUUUUCUAGUCUUUAGCCAUCUUAAGGGUUUAGACAUAUUGAUAGUAUCUUUUGAAACCAAAUAUAAAUUAAUUGAACUACUACUUUUUGGAACAUGCCUAGCUGUGCUGUGAGGAAUCUGGCUAAAAAAUACUAUAUAUAUAAACUACUUAACUGUAAGCGGUGCAAUAAUAGACUCCCUCCUUACUUUAUACUGCGGGACCAUUAUUAUAUUACUAUUGUGAUAAAUUGAUAAUGUAAAAAAUAACAAAAAAUAUGUUACAAUAGUAUAAACAAUAAAAUUGAAAUAACAAA